ACCACAUCGAAAAUUUCUGUUUCGAAGUGACAGUUUUGACAUUGACAUUUCUGACGUUCUCAUUUUUGACAUCUGUAAAAUUUCGCUCAUAACCUCAACUGAAAGCGUGUAGUGUUGAACACAAAAUUUGUUUCAAUUGAAUUCGCUAAAUAUUACGGUGUUUUAUAAAAAUUGAUUUGUUUGUGAGUGAUAAAAAAUACCCGAUAUGUCUGCUGCAAUGGUAAGAGUGACCCUUUACAGCCCUGGACGAAGGCUGUACAGUUUCGCAAUAACAAAAUGCCAAGAAAAUGACGACAUUGUUCGCAGUAAAAAUGGACCCAAAAUACUCCUCGAACAUUUGGAGUUACUAAAGAAAAAGGGUUUGGAACCCUUAACUGAUGAAGAGAUUAAGGUAUCCAUUUUACUGUUUCAUUCAUUAGUCGUGGUCUUAGAUACUGCAUUCCUUCGAUGCAUUACCUAUACAGACACAGAUUGCACAAAUUCAUACAUUGAGCAGACACUAAACCCACCGCCUCAAACGAAUCAAAACACAGUCUCAAAACCACAAGUUCAAAAAAGUACUGACGAUGUAGCCCCAGAAGAAGUCGACAAUUACGUUCACGAUGAUAAUCCUCAGGUUCAACAAACUGAAGAUAAUAUGCCAUACGACUCUGGAGCAAUAGAAGCCAAAAUCAAAUUGGCUGAAUGGAAGCGUAAUAAGAUAAAAAGCAGCGCAAAGGAGAACUCAAUGAAAAAUGUUCCUCUGCAGCCUGUUCGCAAAUCUCAGACAAAAUUACAAAUUACCGACAAACCUCCAACUCAAACGAAACGAAAGGCGCACAAUUUGUUGCAAGUGAAGGAUGUCUUGGACGACGAAGACUUGGUAUACGACGUGGAGCAUCUUGUGUUGGAAGAAGUGCUGGCACGUCCUCAGCUGUAUAAUUAUAAAUUGGACUUAAAGUAUAGAAGUCCUGAUUUGGUGGCACAAAUGUUCCAAGCUAUAUCCGACCAUAUCGACGAGCACAUGGGUUUACAAUUGGAUUGGAAACAUAUACAAAACACUUGGAAGCAUUACUAUGCUCUGUAUUUGGAAUAUUCUAACAAAACGAUCGUUCCCAGUGGUUCCGGAUCCAAUCGAAUACCAAAAAUGCCUAAGCAUUACGCAUUGUUGACGCAGCUGGACAGUCUAAAUGCAAAAAGAAAACAAAUUUCGUCUACAUCGCCUGAAGGUUUCAAAUUAGAACCUCCAAAAUCUAAAAAAUCCAAAAAGGACGAUUCGUCGAUUGCACCAUUCCUUGAAAAUGCUAAUAAUAUCUUAGCAAAGUUUCAAAAUGCAUCUGACGUACCAGCAGCUUCAGCAACAACUUCUCUUGCGUCACAAAUCGAGGGUGACCCAGAUCAAGCUUUUUUGUUAACCAUUUUACCUGAUUUAAGAAAAUUGAGCAACUUAGAGAAGUUGAAAUUCAAAGAGGAUGUUUAUAUGAAAUUGAACCGACUAUUGCAAAGUCAUGAAGGGGAGGAAUGUGAAGAUUGAAUUUGUAAUUAUUUUUUGCGACAGAAUUUGAAAUUUUUUUUUUUUUGGUAAACUCAAGAACGGAAGGAAUAUGAAUGUUGAAUUUAUAACUUUUUAUACGGAGAGUCUAUCCUUGUACUUCAAUCAAUUUGAAAUUUACUUUUUCGUUUCUUAACUUUUAAUAAAAAAUUUUACGAACA